UGGGAAAUUGCAGAUUUGGAGAGUGUGGCACUUUAACAUUACAUAUAAAGCCCUGAAAGUUGCAGAGCUUGUAUAAACUGUUGAAAAGCGUGUCGACUCUGUUUUGAAGCUUCCAUUCAACAGGCUUGCGGGUACAUCUCUUCACAAUGGCAACAACGUGUGGCAUGGACAUAGGAAAAUUGCGUACUGCCUUUGAUAAGAUUGAUAAAGAUAAAUCUGGAAAAGUGACUUGUGAAGAACUACAGCAAGUGUUUAAAGAAUCUGGAUUAACCAUAUCUAAGGAACGUAUUCAGGACUUUGUCCAAAGUUUAGAUACUGACAAAGAUGGAAAAAUAUGUUUUGAAGAGUUCUGUACCUUAUUUAAACAGCAAAAGAAAUAAAAAAAAAAAAUUUCUGAUGAAAAGAAUCAAAUGAAGAUUAUCAAAGCAAGUGAGAAGAAGAAACGGCAAAUUACUUUCAGAAACUGAUGCAUAAAUAAAAAGAAAUCGUGCGGCAUAACAUAAUAAAAAUGUACUUCUUUAUAA